AUGUAUAAAGUGACGAUGGGAUGUACCUAAAAAACUAUUAUCUACAUCACACUCGUCAAGCAAAUACACCCACCAUCUGUUGUGUCAUUGCUCAACGAUCUUGUAUCACUAGUUCUUACAGUUUGAAACAUUUGUUGAGAACUGAAACCAAACAUCAUAAUGUCACCAUCUAUCACUAAGAUCCUGUUCCUAGCCCUUACGGCCUCAAUCACUCAAGCGGCACCAGCUUCUUCCUCACUCUCUGCUCGUCAAGCCCCUGCUGGCCCUGAUAUCCCCUUCCUCGAAUCGCUUCAGACAGCCCCUUCCGCCAAGAUCCGCUUCCAAAGACUCUUUACCAAAGACCAAAAAGGGUCUGAGCUCCUUGAUGCCGAAGCUCUCAAGAAGGCAUUGGUUUUCGACUUCAACAAUGGUGCUGUUUCAGCUGGUGGCACAGUCAAAUCUGCUAACGUCGAGACCUUCCCGGUUCUGACUGAUCUCGGCAUCUCUGUCACUGUCGCCAACCUUGGUCCCUGUGGUAUAAAUACCCCACACGUCCAUCCUCGUGCUACCGAAUUCCUUACUGUUGUAGAGGGGCCAGGUGUCGACGUCGGUAUCAUUCUCGAGAACGCUAUUGUCGGUGCAGGCAAACAGUCUGAGCUCACUGCGAGGGUCGAGAAACUACAAGGCACGGUUUUCCCGGUUGGGUCUAUCCACUACCAGUUUAAUAACAACUGCGACAACACCACAUUCGUCGCUGCCCUCAACAGCGAGGACCCGGGCACUGGUCAGAUUGCUCAGAACUUCCUUAACUUGAACGAUGAGGUCGUCAAAGCGGUCAUUGGCUUCCCCAAAUCUCUCGCCGGUGCCGAUAUUCAGACUAUCCGCCAGAACAUUCCGGCCAACCUUGCUAUUGCUACUGAGGCGUGCUAUCAAAAGUGCAAGACCGAAGGCAAGAUGCACAGCAUUGGCCUCUAAGUAGAAUCGAUGUAAUGUUCUUGACGACGGUGGGCGAUUUUCAGAUACCAUUCCGCAUAGCGUUGGCGUAUUCAGAAUUUCUAGGUCUAGAUUAGUAUUCUUGCGAUGGUCGGUGUUUGUUGUCUAUAGGGGCGAAAUUGACUGAUUUUAUUGU